AUGGCGGAAUUGGUUGGUAGGACCACCCGCACACCAACAGGUCUCCUUGUGGGUACUCUUGAUGUCGUGUUGGACUCCAGUGCCAGAGUGGCACCGUAUCGAAUCCUCUACCAAGCACCAGACUCCUUGGUCUAUUGGACUAUUGCCUGUGGUUGCUCAAGGAAGGAAAUCACUGAACACUGGGAAUGGCUUGAACAGAAUUUGUUGCAAACUCUUUCAAUCUUUGAAAAUGAGAAUGACAUAAAUACAUUUGUCAGAGGAAAAAUACAGGGUAUCAUCGCCGAGUACAACAAAAUCAAUGGCAUCAAGGAGGAUGACGAUACAGAAAAAUUUAAGGAAGCUAUAGUGAAAUUUCAUAAGCUAUUUGGAAUGCCAGAGGAAGAGAAAUUAGUGAACUACUACUCCUGCAGUUACUGGAAGGGGAAGGUUCCCCGUCAGGGCUGGGUGUAUCUCAGCAUUAAUCACCUUUGCUUUUACUCUUUCCUUAUGGGCAGGGAAGCAAAGUUAGUUAUCCGCUGGGUUGAUAUCACUCAACUUGAGAAGAAUGCUACACUCCUCUUCCCUGAUAUGAUCAAAGUGAGCACAAGGUCAAGUGAACAUUUCUUCUCUGUAUUCCUGAAUAUCAGUGAGACAUUUAAACUAAUGGAACAGCUUGCCAAUAUAGCUAUGCGACAGCUUUUGGACAAUGAAGGAUUUGAACAAGACAGGUCAUUACCCAAACUGAAAAAGAAAUCCCAAAAAAAAGUAUCUGCACUGAAACGGGAUCUUGAUGCCAGAGCAAAGAGUGAGAGAUACCGUGCAUUGUUCCGACUUCCCAAGGAUGAGAAAUUAGAUGGACACACAGACUGUACUCUAUGGACUCCAUUCAACAAAAUGCAUAUUUUGGGUCAGAUGUUUGUUUCUACAAACUACAUUUGCUUUACUAGUAAAGAAGAGAAUUUGUGCAGCCUUAUUAUCCCUCUUCGAGAGGUAACAAUAGUGGAAAAGGCAGACAGCUCCAGUGUGUUGCCCAGCCCAUUAUCAAUCAGCACGAAAAACAGAAUGACGUUCCUCUUUGCUAACUUGAAAGACAGAGACUUUCUUGUACAGAGGAUCUCAGACUUUCUGCAGCAAACCACGUCAAAAAUAUACUUGGAAAAAAAUCUUUCUGGAAGCUAUAUCAGCUCAGAUGAUGAG